AUGUGGUUGAUCAUUCUACUAAAAUGCACCAGAAUCUAUUCGGGUAGUACAAAUGCAGCUACCACUACAACAUCUAUAUAUUCACCAAAAAAACAAAGCUCAAUUAGGAGCAAAACAAACUUAUUUGCAAGUUGCCCAGCUCAUCUAUCUACAGUUCGAUCCAAAUCACAGCUGACAAAUGCUAUCAGCGAACAUAAGUUAACUUUACUAGAAAAUGCCGUUGAAACAUGGAAAAGCGAAGCACUAUUACUAGAUACCCCAAAAAUCAGAAAAGACCACCAUGGAAACUAUAGCACACACGAGUUGGGUCAACAACGAUCCAGAGAAAGCCUAAAAGGUUCCACAAAAAAAAUUUCUACGAUAACAACACCAGAAUUUCCUGAUGCUACGGUAGCUAGUAGUCCAUCGUUGUGCAGCACAUCAGCAACAGCUUUUGAGAUAAGCGAAGUAUUGUUGGGUAAAGCAACAACAGAUAUACGGCGCUGUUCCGUAGCUGUAUCAGCCGCUGAAGAACAUCCAAAUUUAUUUACUGGGAUAAACAUUGACCGUCAUCGAAGACUUUCAUUUUUUGCAUCUUUUCGACAAAAACUCGGCCGUAAACGCGGUAAGAUGGAUCCAGUUACUGAGGAAGGGUACGACGAAUUCCCGGCCGAAAACAGCGUAACAAAUCUUCAACCAGUGCUAACAAAAGUAUCAUAA